AUGGACAUAGAAAAAUCCAUGCAAAUUGGAACACUAAAUACCAUGCUCACAGUAAAUGAAAAGGCCAGAAGGAGAGCCAAAUGCCUUUGCUUCUGUUGUGGCAAGGGAGGCCACUACAUCAGCUAUUGUCCUGUACGUCCUACUCACCCUAAACAUGGCCAUGUGGAUACUCUGUGUCACCAUCCAACAAGUCCUCCAUUGCACCUUUAUUGUUUUACUCUGCAUGCUACCAGACCAAAAAGACCACCUAACCAGACCAAUGGCACCAUAGUGGUCCCAACUACUGUUCCGGAGUCUCAAAAGGAGGCUGUCUCCCCUAAGGUUUCCUGCUCCAACACAGAGACUCUGUCCCCAGACCGUGUAAUUGCCUCCAUUGGAACCGUGGUCCGCAGAAAAGAUCUAGAGGCUUUUGCAAGGGCUCUUAAGGCCAGAGCCGCAUCCCUUCAGAUGGUUUCUGCUCCUUGCCUCUCUGCCUCCACUGCCAUUUCCAAGAAUGUGGACAACUUGCAAAAUGUUCCAACACUCUCGGAUCCUGAUGGUUCAGAUGUCUACACAGACCUGAAGUCCCUGUCUGAGUCUAAACUGGAUCCCCUUUACAAUGAACAGUCCAGGGAUUCUAAAGCACCAAACUCUUCAGAGCCUCUCACUAUCAAAGCUGGUCUUAUAAAUAAGUAA